AUGCCUCUCAACAAGUUUGGCUUCCAAAUGGUAGAAUAGGGUGGGCAUUGCCUUUAGAUGUGUAUGUCCAGAUGAACAAGGUUAUUAGAGGAGGUAGCUGCGAAGAAGAUGAAGAAGGAAAAGAAGGUUGUCAAGGCCAUAACGCUUUUGAUCGGAUUAGUGAUUUACCAAAUCAACAAGCCUUUGCUAGCUAGGAAUGGAGCUAUUCUGACAAGGGUUUACAAUCGCUUAGCUCUUCCCACCAAACAUCAAUUCCAAGGUGUUGAGCAAUUCUCUGCUGCUCAUCAUCAUCUCUUUCCUACCUUUUAUGGAAGCUGCAAGAACCUCAAUCCUGUCCAAACAUUGGUGCAACGUUUGGCAUUACUUGGUAACAUCGAGAGGUUUUCUUCAUUGAUCCUGAAGAAUCUGUAGAAAACAAAGCAGAACAGGGAGGGGAUUUUCCUUUAUUUGAUCUGAGAAAUGCAUGGAUCUAGGACUUUCAGGAGCCCUGCAUAAAAAGCUUCGCCUUCU